GGCUGGCCCUUGGCAAAAGGCGCGUGCCCGCGAAGGGGGCGGCAGAGAGAGAGAGGGAGAGCCUGGAAGGAGCAGAGCCUGCUGCAAAAGAGAGGCCUGGGAGAACCAGCAGGCAGCAUGAAUCCCUAUUCGGGCCGGCUGGAGAGCCUACGUGCAGCAUGGUUAUCGGGAAAGACACGCCCGAUAGAAUAUCGGAAAAAGCAACUGGAGGCAUUGGGACGCUUCUUGGAUGAGAAGAAAAGUGAUCUCUUCCAUGCCUUACAUGAGGAUUUGCGUAAAUCUGCUUUUGAAUCUGAGAUCUCUGAAGUUGGCUUUACAAAGAAUGAAGUCAUGGAAGCCCUUAACAAUCUGGACUAUUGGACGAAGGAUGAAUAUACGAGCAAGAACCUAGCCACAAAGUUUGACAGUGCCUUCAUCCGCAAGGACCCCUUUGGUGUGGUGCUCAUCAUUUCUGCUUACAACUAUCCCAUCAACCUUGCCUUAGUGCCAUUGGUGGGGGCCAUUGCAGCUGGGAAUUGUGUGGUUCUGAAACCUUCUGAGAUAAGCAGCUCUACUGAACGGGUCCUCACUGAAGCAUUGCCUUCCUAUCUUGACCCAGAAACAUUUGCUGUGGUGACAGGUGGGCCAGAAGAGACAACAAAAUUACUGGAGAACAAGUUUGAUUAUAUAUUUUUCACAGGGAGUCACAACGUAGCAAAGAUUGUUAUGACUGCAGCAGCCCAACAUGUGACACCAUUGACUCUGGAGCUAGGAGGCAAAAAUCCCUGCUAUGUGGAUGAAUCCUGCAAUUUCCAGAAUGCAGCCAACCGGAUAGUGUGGGGAAAGUUCUUCAAUGCUGGCCAAACCUGUAUUGCACCAGAUUAUGUGAUCUGUAGCAUUACAACACGGGAGAAGUUGGUGCCUUGCCUGCAGAAUGCCAUCCAUGAAUUCUAUGGCUCCAAUCCUCGAGAGUCACCCGACUUUGGCCGCCUGGUUAACAACAAGAAUUUCCAGCGUGUCCGAGCAUUGCUGAAGUCUGGCCAAGUGGCCAUAGGUGGCGAAACAGACGAGUCUGACUGUUACAUUGCCCCCACAGUGCUAGUUGAUGUGAAAGAGGGGGAGCCAGUCAUGAAGGAGGAGGUCUUUGGGCCCAUCUUGCCCAUCUUCACUGUGGCUGAUUUGGAUGAGGCCAUUCAGUUCAUCAAACGCAGAGACCCCCCACUGGCUGCCUAUGCUUUCUCUUCCAACUCCAAGGUUGUGAAUCAGGUACUCGAUUCCACCAGCAGCGGUGGCUUUUGUGGCAAUGAUAUCUUGAUGCAUAUGACACUGGUCUCUUUACCAUUUGGUGGCAUUGGAUACAGUGGCUUUGGCAAGUACCAUGGCAAGUUUACCUUUGAAACAUUCACUCACUAUCGCGCCUCCCUCCUGCGCAGCAUGGGUAUGGAGUCAUUCAACACUCUGCGCUAUCCUCCAUAUGCUAACCGCAACUUGGGGCUGCUGGUUUCUGCCACAGCAGUCCGUCGCAAAGGCAUGUGCACUCUGCUGUGAGCACUCUUGAACAGCACAGAGCUUGUGCACCAGGAACUAUGCAAUGGAGAGGAAAGAUAAUUUUUGGAGACUCUGUGCCUUCACUUCCUUCAUUCCCUGGAUGGACCAUACAAGGACGAUGCCUUCUGUGAAAGCCUAUUCCCUCAUCUUGAUUUCUUAUCCCAUGCUGUCUUUCAGCAUUAUUAGUCCACUACAAGCCUACAUAUACAUAAGCAAUGAGGAAUACAUGACCCUCCCUAGAUGUUGUUGAACUACAAUUCAACUCUCAUUAUUGGUGCUGAUGUUUAGAGCUGACAGGAGUAGCAGUCCAAAAAGUAUCUGGAGAUCCACAUCUAUCCCCAACCUUAAUGUACUCACUAUUCCUUCACUGAAUUUUCUGUCAUUAGGGUCACCAGUUAAUUGAGUAUGAACAUGUGUAAAGCUUUUGUAUUAGGUUCAAACCAGAGACUAAUUUUCUUUCCAGUACAGUUUUAUGAUGCAAAUUCUGAUUCAGUAUUUGUGGAUAUUAGAUUUUUGCAAAAUCUUCCUUAAGUUGAACUAUUGGAUCUCUAAGGAACUGUUUUGGUUUCCACUCUGCGAGAAAUGAAGCAUAUCAAUUAAAUAAAUGACAACUCUUUGUCAUUUGUUUUGUAA